AUGGACAGUAUGCUCCAGGAUGAUUCUACUUCUAGUGCCAUCGUAGAUACAUCUGUAGAAGCUUCAACAUCAACGGAAACAUCGGAAGCCUAUCAUUCACGUGACAUAUCCAUCGUUCAAACUUGUGAUCUGUGCCUGCUGGAUGAUCAACGCAUAUUCUAUAUAUGUCACAGCACACGAUCGUCUCAUUGGGAACCACCAUGGGCUUCAUGGAAAUGUCGACAAGGAUUGCCAUAUGGAUGGGAGAUGGCCAAAGACAGAUAUGGUCAUAAGUACUUCAUAGAUCAUAUCAACCGUUUAACAACAUAUAAAGAUCCACGCAAUACUGUCGCACCAGAAGGACGUCGUGAUGUUGAAAUACAACGACGGAAAGAUAUAGGAUUUGGAUUUGUAGCUGCUGGACAACAGCCUACCAUCAUUCAAUUUGUAUCGCCGGAAGGUCCAUCUGAAGGGCUGCUAUAUGCGAAUGAUCAAAUAUUAUGUGUUAAUCAGGUGGAUGUGUCAAAUGAAACGAAGGAACAGGUCGUAGAAAUGGUUAGAAACUCCUUAGAGACGGUCACUUUGACAGUUCAACAGCUUCCUCCCAGACCUUCUAAAUCUGCACGUAGGCAAUGCAAAGUACGCUUCACCGAUCGAGUGAUUGUAGCAUCUAGGCCGGACUCACCUUCUGAUUUUCCUCCUUCGAUUCCGAAUGUUUUGCGGGUUUUUCUGGAGAACGGUCAAACAAGAUCUUUCAAAUAUAAUCCUGAGACUACUGUAAAAAUGAUUCUCACUGCUUUAGUCAGCAAGCUGCAGUUCCGUUCUUCUCGCUUUUUCGCUUUGGCCUUAGAAUACUCCUUGGGGGCUCGAACAAGUCGGAUAAGUCUUCUUCGACUGGAGACUCGCAUUGAGACAUUAAUGUCACUUCCUAAUUCAUCACACCUACGAUGUGUAUUACGUUUUGCUUUCGUACCAAAAGAGAUUCAUACCGUGCUUCAAGAAGAUCCAAAUGCUUUUGAGUACAUCUAUCAGCAGUCCAUCAAUGAUGUCAUCCGAGGUCGUUUUGCUUUUGAAAUGAGAUAUGAAGCUUGUGUCCGAUUGGCAGCUUUGCAUAUGCAGCAAGUGGCUAUCGAUUCUGGAAUACUGAAAGAAGGAAAAGUUUCCAUAUCCAAGAUCGAAAAAGACUAUGGCUUAGAAACAUUUCUGCCUUCCAUCUUACUUGACAAUGUCAAACGACGAGAGAUUCGAAAACAUAUACGCUUUUACUUAAAGCGUGACAGUUCCAAACUUGCUGAAUGUCUUUCAAAGUCUGGAAAACAAGAAGAUGGAUUACCUCCUUGUACUUCUGAAGAUGUCGGAUUGAUGCUAAGGUUGAAGUACUUACACAUCAUUGCCCAUUUGCCCUCUUUUGGUGGCAGAGGCUUCUCAGUUACUUUCCGUGAAAGUCAAAUUGAAAUGAUCAUGCAGAUUGAUCCCAAAAAUGGAUUACUUGUACGUCAUCCCGGUAAAAGUGGACAACCAGCUAUCUCAAUUGGCUUUGAUCUGAUUGGCAAGCUAGUUGUUCGCGAUGAAUCAGAAGUCACUUCUCUUAUAAGUAUUCGACUUGCCAAUAACGUUCAACAGGGUCUGGAGUUCAUUGUGGAGAAAGAUGAUGUUGAUGACUUGCUUUCGUAUCUAGCUGGUUAUCAUGAAGUUCAUGAAAGACUUCCUUUGACUAUUGAAGUUGAUUCUCGACCACCUACUCCUCCUUUACCUCCUAAUACCCCUCCUCCGUAUACUGCUGUGCACACUGUGAUAUCCGCUGGUUGGAACUAUGCAGUACCCGAAGGAGUCGAAAGAAGUUUCGAUCUGAGGGAUGAGCCACCUCCUUACCAAUCGGCCAAUGCUGUUUUAGAAAAUGGACACAAGCUAGAGGAGAAGAAACUGAUUCCAUUAGUAGACUUGCCAAACGUCACUUCUGCUCGAGAAGAGAGCAUUGAACGGCAAUCAUCAUCUCGAAGAAACUCCUCUGAUUCCCGACGGCUGCUCAAAGCUACAGAUUCAUUACUUAUAAAGAACAGUCGAGAGUUACAAAAGAAAGAGAUGGCUAGUCCGAUGCUGAGAAGACCGUCCAACCCAGCUGGAAUCAAAGAAGACGCUAUAUCAGAUUCAUCCGAUACUGAAGACUCCUCUUGGAGUUCCCCCAUGAGAAGUCCACUGUCAACAGAUCGGAAUAAUCUAGAUAUAUUGCUUGAAGCCGUCGAAUUGACACCCCCCAUAGAUAUAGCAGCUCGACGUGCUUCCAUCGAAACUCUCAUCCAAGCAGCUCCUGAUCAGGCUAAUAACUUGGAAAAUCUUAUUUUAAAUUACCCUGAGAUCUCAGCGGAUCUGUCAUCAACUUCUCCGGAGCUGAAAGUGAAUGGUUCCGUUUGUCGUAUGAACGGUAAGCUUAUGAAUGGAAAUCUUCCUCAUAGUCUUUCCGCUUUUGAUGACGUCCGCCUCAUUGAUGAUGAUUCGUCGAUAACUGAAAUAUAG